CAGGCUGUCAACUGAGAUAUUUUAUUUCUGCCAUUUGGUAAGUUUUGUGCCAAUAUCAAGAUAUAUUUGUGAAGAUAUUUUCGUGUAAGAUAUGGAACUUUACAUUCAUGAGAUGUCUGGAAAUUACUAUUUUGUAAUAGUUGGACAUCAUGACAACCCAAUCUUUGAAAUGGAGUUUUACCCAUCAAACAAAGCAAGUGAAGCAAAGGAUGACCACAGGCACCUUAACCAGUUUGUGGCCCAUGAGGCCCUGGACCUAGUGGAUGAGAUGAUGUGGACCACACCGAACAUGUACCUGAAGGUUGUCGACAAGUUUAAUGAGUGGUUUGUCUCAGCAUUUGUCACUGCUGGCAGGAUGAGAUUGAUAAUGUUGCAUGAAGUUAAAAAUGAGGAGGGGAUUAAAAACUUCUUCACAGAAGUAUACGAGACAUAUAUCAAACAUGCCAUGAACCCAUUCUACGAGAUCAACAAACCAAUUGUUUCACAGGCAUUCGAAAAAAAAGCACAGACUUUCGGCAAGAAAUAUCUUACUGGAUAGUAAUGGCGACUCCCAGAACCUUAAUUGGCUGUGAUAUAUGUGUCUUUGAUUGUGUUGUAUUCACAUACCUGUAUUAGUGGUAUUUAAGGACACAACAUUCCACAUUAAAGGAUUGGGACAUCUUUUAGUUAUUAUGUUUACUUGCUACAAUAUUGAGCGUGAUUACCAUGUGCAGAUUGUCCGUUAUAUCAUGGCUUUGCUGUAGUGUUUGAAUUCAUUCAUUUUCAUUGAUUCAUUUUCAUUAUUGUAAAUUAAUCUUUUUAUGUUGUAUGUCUGUUACUAAGAAAUGUGCAAUAUUAUAAAUGAAUAAAACUGACAAAAAGUU